GAUACCUUUUAUUUCUUUUUGUGAUACCUUUGAAUGUUAAGUUUUAUUUCGUAACUAUCGGCAUAACGGUAAUUUAAUUUAUAUUUACUAUAAAAAUCAUCUAGUUUUAAUCAAGAAAAUCAUCAUGGAAGAAGUUUCGUUACACAUAGAUAAUCAUAUAUUUAAAGUAAAAAAAGAAAUUCUUUGUGAACAUAGUGAUUAUUUCCGCGCAAUGUUUAGCGGGAAUUAUGUUGAAAACGAUAAACGAGAUAUUAAAAUUGAUGUUGUAGAUGCUAAUUCAAUGAAAAUAAUUAUUCAGUAUAUGAAUAAUGGUCUGAUAGAUUUAUCAGAAUAUACACUCAGUGUCAUAGCAGAUCUAUCAGUUGCUGCAAAUUACCUCCAACUACCUGAACUCAUAAAACAAAUAGAGUAUUGCUUAGAUCUUCAGCUAUCUUUAUCGAACUGGAUGCAAACCAUGACUAUUGCAGAAUCAUCAUCAUAUACGAGACUGGAGCAGUUAUCUGCUGCUUUCGGCUUGCUUUCCUUUAAAGAGAUGAGACCAGAAUAUGUGCCAUCAAUUAAGAAACUUUAUUGGUACUUAUCACAUCCAUUCUUAGAUGCACCUAAUGAAUUAGAAGUAUUCAAAUUUGGAUUACAAUGGGUUUCAAAUACAGAGACUGGGGCUGAUGCAGUAUUGCUAGUAUUAUGUUGUUUAGAUAUUCAAAGGCUUACUACUCCAGAUUUGAAGGAGAUUAAGAUCUUGGUAGCUGACUACACCAACAGUCUUGCUUCUAAAGUAGUUGACUGUAUCUAUGAACUGUCAGUUGGAGAUUAUGAAUUGACAACACCAGUACUUAUAAAGCAAAAGCCUACUUUAUGUGAAAUGUUUACAGAGAGAGUUUAUAAUGAGGUGUUCAAUUUAAUGAAAGAAAGUAGAAGUAGAGAACUGAGAUAUAUUCCAUCAGUACCUGUUUGGAUGGUAAAGAAUACAAAGCCAGAAGUAAUACCACACUAUAUGUACACAUAUACAGAAGAAAAAGGCUUUGAAAAGUGGAUAGAAGUUGCUGAAAAAAAUCUGUGGGGUUGGAGUAUUGUGGAAUGGGGGCCAACUAGACUGGUUGUUGUGUGCGGUGAACAUGGCAAAGGAACUGGUGUGUUUAUGAAGGAUGUUAAAGUUUAUGAUACAUUAAGGAAAGAAUGGACUCAUCAUGGAGUAGAGCUGCCAGCAAGGAGACAUGGUGGUGUAACUGUGAUUGGUGAUGAAAUGUAUUUGGUUGGUGGUGUAGGUGGGUUUAGGGUAGUCUUAGAUACAGCAGUUGUAUAUGAUUUGAAACAAAGAACUUAUAGAAAAAUCGCAAAAUUACCCGACACAAUCCAGAAUCCAGCCAUUUGUACACACAACACUGUAGUCUAUGCAGCUGGACACAAGAAUAUAUACAGAUAUGAUGAAUUUGAACAAACUGACAGAUGGAGUAUGGUCAUUGAUACAGAUUUUCGAACAAGUUGUAUGGUCUCAUUCAAUAAUUACAUUUACUGCACUCAAAAUUACUUCAGUCAUUUUCAUAGAUUUAGGCCAAAUAUUGAUACCAAGUUGGAGAUGAUUACUUAUUUUACUAAUCCACCUGCUACAAUUUGUCAUCUAGGUACACGACUUAUAGUGUUCACAAGAACUAUGUGUGGACAAGCUGACAAUUUAGCUGUGGAAGAGUACACCGGUACCAAUGCCAAUGAACGCCCUAGGUUGUUAUGGUCAGAAUCCAACACUGUAAUGAAAGUGAACGAUGUCGCAGGUUCCUGCACUUUAGUCUUGAGUUUACCGCCGCUGCAUCCUGAAGAAUCGCAAUACCACAACCGUUACUUAAAUAUUUAUGCUAAUCUAUGAUAGUUUUUUUUUAUAAUAAAAGACCAGCUCAGGUGAAGGACAAGACGUCAAGUGAGAUCGCUUAUGAAUGUAUGACCUAAUGCGAGAACUAUAAAGGAUUACUACUACAUAAACCUUUCGCUAUUGACAAAUAAGAAUUAAGAUCAUACAACAAUCCAUGAGGAUUCCGUAAAUAGGAGCAACCUCUUGGACGAAAGUCAAAUCUCGAUUGUCUACAAUUGACAAAACUAUUCAAAGUUCAGUUGACACAUAGGCUCAGACCGUGCUAUGAUAAAACCAAAGUCUUAAACUGCAAAAAAUUAAAACAUAGCUUUAGUGGACUGGAAAUGCGAGUCGCGAAAUAUGCAGUCUUAGUCUUCGGCGACUUUUGUCCUUCAAGUGUCUCGAGUCUUAGGCAAGGGUCUAAAAUAUCAACCUAGUCAUAAGUUACGAAAAAAAUGAGUCCAAAAGGGUCAGCUCACAAAAUAUAGGACCCUUUUUAUAAUGAGUAAAUUUUUUAUCAAGUUGUAUAGUUUUGGCAAAUAUAUCGAUUAGUUAAGGAAAUGUAUUAUUCAAUUGUUUAUUUUUAAAAAAAUUAAGACUGAAUUGUUCGAAUGUGAGAUAAAACUGUAAGUACUCAAAUAAAAAGCAUGUUUAAUUGGU